AUGUCUCAAGUCCAUCACAGUAUCACAAAUGUGACAACAACAACAUCAGAAGGACAACAACAAAUAUCCUCACAUCAUUCCCUUCCUCCUUCUCAUCAUCAUCAUCAUCAUUUGGAUGCUCACAUGAAUACAGCAGUGAAUCAUCAUAUUCUUCCUCAUCAUUAUGAAGUGAUGAACAACAACAAUAAUAAUAAUAAUGGCACAACUUCCGUGACGAUGGACACUCUUCAACAACAACGAAAGAAAAUUCAUGCCAUUGCAGAAUUUGUUGCGGGAGCAUUUGGAGGAUUGGCUGGUAUUUGUGUUGGAUAUCCAUUAGAUACCAUCAAAACAAGAAUGCAAAUAUUUCAAGAGAAUCAUCAUCAAUUCAAUGAAACAUUUAAAACCAAAUGGGAUUAUUUUAGAGGACUUUAUAGAGGUUUAACAAGUCCACUCAUUGGAGAACUUGCAAGUAAUUUCGUAUUAUUUGGAUCGUUUGGAAUUUGUAAAGAUUGGAUUUCAAACUAUUCAUUGAAUGAGAAUUUACGAGAUGAAUAUAGCCCAUGGAAAGAAUAUGCUGCCAUAUUUGCAUCAGGUGCAUUCUCUGGUUUGGCCAUUAGUUUUGUGGUAGCUCCAACUGAAAUGAUUAAAAUCCAAAUGCAGACCAAAAAUGGAAGUGAAAGUCAAACGGUGAUGAAUUGUGUGAAAGAGUUAUGGAAAACAAGAGGAAUGUUCCAUGGUUAUGUCUCUUGUUUGAAUCAUCAAUUGACUUUUUAUUCUUCCUAUUUUCUUAUUUAUGAAUGGUGUAAGAGACAAUUCGCUCAUUACUACUCCUCAAAAAAGAAUGAUUUGAAAUUUGAACACAAUGCAUUCACAUUACUCAUUUCAGGUGGUGUGAGUGGAACAUUAAGUUGGGCAUUAGUCUAUCCGACAGACUCGAUUCAAUCCAUUGUGAGAUAUGAUCGAAAUAUGAACAUGAGAAUGGUAUUGAAAAAGUAUUCAUUGAGGGAUUUGUAUAGAGGUUUUCAGCCCACUGUGAUUCGUGCAUUUCCUGUAAAUGCUGUCACUUUUUAUGCUUAUGAGUUGGCUUAUAAAAUGAUGGAAUAUUUGAAUCAUGAAUAA